UAUCUAGAAGGAUCCUCCCUGAUUCAGAAUUCUUUGGCAUUCUUACAACCAAAUCAGGCCAGAACCCCAAAAUAUGUAAAUCUGAACAUAUUCCUGCCUCCCUGCUCCCAAUACAUAAAUAACCUCAACUGAAUUCUCCUCAUCAGCUUAACCCCAUUUAAAGAGGAAGCCUGUGACAUCACUGCUUAUGUUGCCAAUGCUCUCCUCCCUCGGACUACUUUAGUUCCUGCAGAGGAAUUCCCACCCAGACAGCCCUGGAUGAUGAGAAGAAGCUGAGAAGCUCUGGGCAUCAAGCUCUGGUGCUCCAUCCAUCAUCUGCAGGUGAGGACAAGGUUGGUCACAAGGACAAAGUGAAACAAGAGCUUCCCUUUCCCUUUCACCCCACAGACGGAGUUUCUGCUCUUUCUUUGAAUCUUCCUGGCCAUGGAUAGAUCCACGCAAGAGCUCUUCCUCAACUUUAUGAUAGUAGUGAUAACAGUACUCCUCAUGUGGCUUCUGGUGAAGUCUUAUCAAGACUGAGCAACCAUCUCACACUCCUGGAAUCAUGGAAAGAUCUGCCUCUGGUGAAGGAUGAGAGUGCUACUCCUCAGAAGUGCUUCUCGGUGUGCUCCAAGUUUUGAUGUAGAAAAAAUGUAAUGCAUUUUUUUAAAAAAAGCUAAAAUACCUCAUUUAUAUUUAUCUGAUAAUUCAAAUGGAUCUAAGAAGAUGUAAAUUAAUUUCUCUUCAAAACAUGGCAAAAACUCUCUUUUCCCUGAAUUUUUUUGUAAAUGAUGGAUGUAUCUCAUGUAGAAUCAUGAUACUAGCUACAAACAUGAAAACUUAUUAACACAUCAGCUUAUUGUGGCUUAGACACUCAUGAACUCUUCAUUGUUUCCGUUUUAUGUAAUCAAUUAGUGGAAAUAUGCUGAUCUACCAUUGUUAUCAUCUGAAUAAAUAAUGUUUG